UCUAUUAGAUGUAAUCCGGCCCGGUCACACUUAGAACUUGCCACGAAGUGCCACAGUAAUUUAUAUUUUGUGUUGGCAAAAAGCAAGAGGAAGGAAACUAGAAUUUUAUAAGACACGCCAGUCAAUUGGACCAGUCCGCUGCUAACGAAAGAACCACAUAGUCAUAGUUAAAACCAAAACCAUGGGCUCGAGUCACAGUGUACAUGUACCCGGCGGUGGCACAGAAGGAUACCACGUACUCAAAGUACAGGACAAUUCACCGGGACAGAAAGCCGGACUAGAGGCCUUUUUUGAUUUCAUUGUUGCAAUAGCUGGGACAAGACUUGACCAGGAUAAUGAUAUGCUUAAAGAGCUCUUGCGCCAGAAUGUGGACAAACCGGUGCGACUUACUGUUUACUCGAGUAAGACACAAAGCGUACGAGAGCUGACAUUGACACCGAGCAACAGUUGGGGUGGCCAGGGACUGCUCGGUGUGAGCAUACGUUUCUGUUCGUUUGAGGGAGCCAAUGAGAGUGUGUGGCAUAUACUGGAGGUGCAUCCGAAUUCGCCAGCAGAGUUGGCUGGUCUGAGGGCCUACAGUGAUUAUGUGAUUGGGGCGGAUGCCAUUCGACAUGAGAACGAUGAUCUCUUUACCCUGAUUGAGAUGCACGAACAGCAGCCAUUGAAAAUGUAUGUCUACAAUUUGGAUGACGAUGCCUGUCGAGAGGUUACAAUUAAACCCAAUACCGCCUGGGGUGGAGAGGGGGCGCUGGGCUGUGGUAUUGGUUACGGCUAUUUGCAUCGGAUUCCAGUUCAAGCACAAGCGACGUCAAGCGGAGCUGGAUCAGCGACCAAUGAGGCUGCAGCUCCAUUGUUAACUGGGGGAGGAGCAUCAGUUGCUGCUGCAGUGGCUCCACCUGCGGUUGUUUCACCAACGAUGCCUUACAUACCACCAUUGGCCAAUACAUUUGGUUCCACAAAUGCCGAGAUCAGGCCACCAGCAACACAACAACAACAGCAACCAACCACAAUUGAGCCACCACAGCAGCAACAACAGAGCCUAUUCAAAACAUAUUUCAAUCCAGAUGAUGCCACAGAUGCUCUAACAGCUGCCCUAGAAACACAAGCUACCAUUGUCACCAAUGAUACGCCAGGAACUGCGGCUGCGGCACCACCGCCGUCGUCUCAGGCACAGUUUCAGGUUCCAGCACCCGCGGCUCCGUCACAACCAUCUGUUGUUGCAGCUCCUGCUCCUGUUCCAUUUGAAGUUCCUGCACAACCACCAAAUGUGGCUGUGCCGCCACCAUCAAAUAUUUAUAUACCCGGCGUUUUAGAUCCCAGCAUUCCUGCUGCCCAAUUACCCUAUCCUCAGGCUACAGCACAACCACAACCACCAGCACCAGUCCCAGCCCCAGCCCCAGCUCCGACAAUGGUAUCUGUGCCUGCUGUACCCAUGUUCUCUGCUCCCCAACAAGCCUACAUGUCUGCUCCUGCUGCUCUCUCUUAUCCUGCGGCUGCUGCCCAAACAGUACCCUCAUAUCCGCAAGUUCAACCCUCAAUGGGAGGCCUGUUUCCCACCCAGCCAACGCCAUUGCCUCCACAGAUGGCGCAUGUGUUCACCCCGCCACCACCAGCAGCAGCAGCAGCACCACCACCAAGCCAUGACCACAACCACUCUCAACCGGCCACAACUCAGGCAAACUAAAUCAAAACGGGGGGAUGUAGUGGCUGGACUGGGGCGAAUUGCGGGUGAAGUAUUCGAGAAAAAAAGGGAACUGGCGGAAAUAACAAAAACAAAAUAUUGUCGUUAAGUUUUCUACAUCUUCGUCUUUUUUCCGUUCUUUUUUUUUUUUUGAUAACCAAAAUCACAAGUGAAUGGCGGAUAUAUAUAUUCAUAUGUCUAUAUGUAAAGCCAAGUAACUAAAUCUUUAGAAAAAAAACAAAAAACCUGCAAUAAUAAAUAUAUGUAAAACCUAUUAUCUAUAUAUAUAUAUAUACAUACAUACCUACAUAUAAAAAAGAAA